AUGGGUGCAUCAGGCUUAGGUUCUGCUUUAGCAAAUUGCAUUAAUCUCUCAAAUUUGACACUUGACCUUUAUUAAAAUUAAAUUGGUGCAAAGGGUGCAUCAGGCUUAGGUUCUGGUUUAGCAAAUUGCAUUAAUCUCUCAAAUUUGACACUUGUACUUUAUUUUUGGAAAGUUUUUUAAAUUGGUGAUGAAGGUGCAUCAGGCUUAGGUUCUGGUUUAGCAAAUUGCAUUAAUCUCUCAAAUUUGACACUUGACCUUUAGGACAAUUAAAUUGGUUAUAAAGGUGCAUCAGGCUUAGGUUCUGGUUUAGCAAAUUGCAUUAAUCUCUCAAAUUUGGCACUUUACCUUAGGGGCAAUUAAAUUGGUUAUAAAGGUGCAUCAGGCUUAGGUUCUGCUUUAGCAAAUUGCAUUAAUCUCUCAAAUUUGACAAUUAAUCUUCGUAGAAAUUCAAUUGGUGCAAUGGGUGCAUCAGGCUUAGGUUCUGGUUUAGCAAAGUGCAAUAAUCUCUCAAAUUUGACACUUAAUCUUUUUGAAAAUUAAAUUGGUGUAAAGGGUGCAUCAGGCUUAGGUUCUGCUUUAGCAAAUUGCAUUAAUCUCUCAAAAUUGACACUUGAACUUAGUUUUAGCUAAAUGAAUUUAUCAUAAAAUUGCAAAGUAAUGAACAAGUUUCUUAAAUCAAAAAGAUUAGUUGUCUAUGAUUUUUACACAAGCGUAUGGUGA